AUGCUAUCUAAGAUCUUCUUUACUCUCUCAAUCAUAGCAUUUACUUGCUUCACUUAUGCACAAUCUAAACUUCCUCGGCAAGAGCUUGAUGCUCUUGAAGAAAUUACUAGUACAAUGGGUUCAAGAUAUUGGAAAUUUGAUGGUGAUUCAUGUCAAAUUAAAAUGCUUGGUUUAACUCAAAAGCCACCUGAUGGAUGCGAAAGUAGCAUUGGUUGUGAUUGUUCUUCUCAAAAUGACUCCUUCUGUCACGUAGUAAGGAUUAUAUUCAAGGGGUAUAACCUUCCCGGUGCGCUUCCGCCUCAAUUGGUUAAGCUUCCAUACCUCAAACAAGUUGAUUUUGCUUUAAACUACCUAAAUGGUACGAUUCCAAAGGAAUGGGGUUCGAUUGAACUAACUUCAAUCUCGCUACUUGCUAAUCGUUUGUCAGGGGAGAUUCCUAAGGAGAUCGGAAAUAUUACCACUCUAGCAUACUUGAACCUUGAAGCAAACCAAUUUUCCGGUCUUGUUCCCGCUGAACUUGGAAAUCUAUUUAACCUGCAAUCUUUGGUUUUAUCGUCUAAUAAAUUGUCUGGGAAAUUACCAGUGACAUUUUCUCAGUUACAGAAUUUGACAGAUUUUAGGAUAAAUGAUAAUAGUUUCAACGGAAAAAUACCGAGCUUCAUACAGAAUUGGAAACAGCUUCAGAGACUAGAAAUGCAUGCAAGUGGACUAGAGGGACCUAUCCCGUCAAAUAUAUCACUUUUGACUAAUUUAUCUCGACUGAGGGUUAGUGACAUCAAUGGUCCUAGUCAGGAUUUUCCUAAUUUAAGCAACAUGACAGGAAUGAUUAGAGUGGUUUUGAGGAAUUGCAAUAUUACCGGAGAGAUUCCUACCUAUUUCUGGACAAUGAAGAAUUUGGAUAUGUUGGAUCUCAGUUUCAAUAAUUUGUUUGGUGAAAUUCCAGCGAGGGCUCAUGUGGGACAUUUGAGAUUUCUCUUAUUAACAGGUAACAAGCUAAGCGGUAACAUACCUGACUCAGUGUUGAUGGAUGGAAGCAAUGUUGAUAUUUCUUACAACAACUUUACAUAUCAAGGACCUGAGAAAUCCUCUUGCGGAGAUAAUCUGAAUUUGAACCUAAACAUGUUCCGGAGCUCCUUAGGGGCCAAUGCAUUACAAGGGAUUCUUCCAUGUAAAACAGCUUUCAACUGUCCUAGAUAUUCGACUUGUUUGCACGUUAAUUGUGGAGGAAAAGAUAUACAUGUGAGGGAAAAGGGCGACAGUGUUCUCUAUGUAGGAGAUGGAUAUGUGGUAGGCGGUGCUGCUAAGCUUUUUAAUGAUAAUGAAAACCACUGGGGGUUUAGUAGCACUGGGGACUUCAUGGAUGAUGGCGAUUUCCAAAAUACACGUUACUCAAGGUCUUUGUCAUCUUCAAGUUUGCCGGAAUUAUAUACAACGGCUCGUGCAUCUCCCAUUACGCUUACUUAUUUUCACUAUUGCUUGGAAAAUGGGAAAUAUACCGUGCAUCUCCGCUUUGCAGAAAUACAAUUUUCAAAUGAUAAAACAUUUAGAAGUCUUGGGAAGCGCUUAUUUGAUAUCUAUGUUCAAGGAGUAUUAGUUUGGAAGGAUUUUGAUAUUGAAGACGAGUCACACCUUGCUCAAAAACCGCGUUUAUUAUCAACAUAUAAUGUGACUGUAACAGACAGUAUUCUGGAGAUUCGAUUUUACUGGGCUGGUAAGGGGACUACAAGGAUUCCUGUUCGAGGAGUUUAUGGUCCUCUUAUAUCAGCUUUUUCUAUUGUUUCAGAUUCUAAACCCUGUUCAGACCAGAAGACUGGAAGGCGUAAAUUAGUAGUUGGAGUAGGAUUUGGAGUUACAGCUUUGUGUCUAGUCCUUGUUAUGGUAGGCAUUUUUUGGAGGAAAGGCUACAUCAAAGGAAUUAAGAGAAGAGAAAAAGUUAUCAAAGGGCAAGAUUUUCAGAUGAGAACAUUUACAUUAAAACAAAUUAGAGCCGCCACAGAUGAAUUCAGUCCUGCUAAUAAGGUUGGGGAAGGUGGUUUUGGUCCUGUCUACAAGGGUCAAUUAUCUGAUGGUACAUGGGUAGCAGUCAAACAGCUCUCCUCGAAGUCUCGGCAGGGAAACCGUGAAUUUUUAAAUGAGAUAGGCAUGAUAUCUUGUUUUCAGCAUCCUAAUCUAGUGAAACUUCAUGGAUGUUGCAUUGAAGGGGAUCAAUUAAUAUUGGUGUAUGAGUACAUGGAAAAUAAUAGCUUGGCCCGUGCUUUAUUCAGUUCAGAAAAUGAGCUUAAACUUGAUUGGCCAUCAAGGCUUAGGAUCUGCAUUGGCAUAGCAAAAGGUCUUGCAUUUCUUCAUGAAGAAUCAAGACUCAAGGUUGUUCAUCGAGAUAUCAAAGCUACUAAUGUGUUACUGGAUGGGAAUUUAAACCCUAAAAUAUCAGAUUUUGGGUUGGCUAGACUUGACGAAGAGGAUAAGACUCAUAUCAUCACCCGAGUGGCGGGCACAAUAGGAUAUAUGGCACCGGAAUAUGCCUUAUGGGGUUACUUGAGUUACAAGGCUGAUGUUUACAGUUUUGGAGUCGUGGUCUUGGAAACUGUUAGUGGAAAGAGUAAUAACAAUUACAUGCCAAGUGAUAAUUGUGUUUGCCUUUUAGAUAAGGCAUUAUAUCUGGAACGGACUGAAAACGUUAUGCAACUGGUUGAUGAGAGGUUGGAAUCAGAGGUAAACCCAACUGAAACUAAAAAUACAAUAAAAGUAGCUCUCUUGUGUACGAAUCCAUCGCCAUCACUUAGGCCUACAAUGUCUGAGGUUGUAAACAUGCUUGAAGGAAGAAUAAGCAUUCCAGAUGUUAUCCCAGAAGGUAACGAUUUCACUGAAGAUUUAAGGUUUAAAGCAAUGAGAGACGUCCAUCAAAACAAGGAAGGUCAUAGUUUGAGCACAAGCCAAACAGAUGAUUCAACAGCAAUCCUUACACAUAGCACUCCCUCAAUGUUGGGCAAUGAUAUUCACGAGAUAUCCUCCGAACUUUGA